UGCUUGUCCAUUAGAUCCCGGGAAGUAAAAAAGACAAGUCAAACGUAACACAGGGGCUGCGGUCUACGCAUAGAGUCUCUGACCGAAGAAGAAGAGGAAGAAGAAAAGGUUAUCAAAUUCCGCUGGCCACACCUCACCCUACAAAUAAACAACACACAUCUACCCGCAGAUCCCAGAAGCAAAGAAUAAUGGAGCAAGACGAUAAGAAAGCAAUGAUCCGCGACAUCGCCUUGCAAGUCGUUCUCAUAUUCAUCGCCGUGGUCUCCUUCCUUGCCACGCACGGCGUUCCCCAGAGGCUCUACGCCAAGCUCCGCAACCGUCCCCCAAACCCACGCGUGGUCCAAGCCAAACGCCACUUCGUCCAAGGGGCCCAACUCCUGGCCCAGGCCCGAAGGUCCAACUCCCCCUCCCUCGCCAAACAGGCCCUAGCCGAGGCCGAAAAGGCCAUCGCUCUCGACCCCAAGGACGCCGCCUCUCACCUCCUCAAGUCCAUGGCGCUCGAUCUCCAAGGCUUCCGCACCAACGCUCUCGACGCGCUCGACGCCGCGCUCUCCCCGCUCGCCGCCGGCUCCCUCGCCGCCGACGAGAGGGGCGACGCGCUGCUCAAGCGGGCGGAGCUCAAGAUCGCGUUGAGCGAGCCAAAAGUCGUUGACUCGGCGCUCGCGGAUUUGACGGAGUCGGUGAAGCUGAGUCCGAGGAACCCUAGAGCGUGGUGCAUGUUAGGGGAGUGCUACGAGGGGAACGAGAUGGGAGAGGAGGCGAAAAAGGCUUAUAAGGAGGCUCUUCAGUUGGAGCCGCAACUGAAUGUGGCUCAGGAAGCGCUCAGUAGGUUGGGUUCGUCGUAGGCAUAGCGAUUUCGCUAUCGAAUUUCAUGUGAGGAUUUGAUUUGAGAUCGCUUUCGUCGUUGUGUUUAAUUAAUUCUGUUGUUUCUACUUUCUAGUCUUUGAUUAUGCUUACGGUAAUCGGAUGUUAGGUUUUGAGCAACAAUAAAUGAUUUUCACCAAAGGAUUUCUACUCUACAGUAUGUUAAAAUGCAAUAGGAAGGGGUAAAAACUCUUACCUCGCACUUCCUUGCUUUUGUUUCUUGCA